UUAAUUGACGUUGGUGGCAGUGAAGAAAAUAAAUUGCCUGAUUCAAUUGCAAAUCGAAGUGUUGCUGGUGAUGAUGAUUGGUUCGAAAGAAGCAGGAACCUUGCUUACAGAGAUGAGGAACCCCUAGAACCGGGAAUACAUGGUGAUAAUGAUCCCGUUUUGAAAGGGCAAGCUGGAGAAAGGUAUGAGGAUUUACACGUUAGUAGGAAAGGGAAAGAGAGAAUGAGUGUGGUAAAUCCUAUAGAAGAGUGUAGUCAGCACAUAACUGGGAGAGAAAAACAAAGGACCGAAGAGAUGGAUGCAAUAUCUGUGAAUGCGUUUCUUUCGGCUCUCAAUAAGAUCGAAAGGAAAAUGGACCAUAAUUUCGAAGUACUUCAGAACCAGCGCUCAAAAGAGACAGAACAGGAGAAUCAGUUAGACGAAGCAUGGCCAAAAAUCAGAUUAAAUAAGCCUAGAGACCAACACGAGUAUGAUUUCUUGAUUGGAGUGGGGAAAAGACUUGAUAUAGCAAUAACAAGAUUGUUAGAACACGAUCGGAAAGAGUUGGUAAUGGUUAGGGAUGAUAUUGAGGCACCUGCUGUUACACUUCGCUUGGCAAAUGAUAGGGGAUGGAAAGUGGCGCUUCAAGUAGUUGGGGGAAAUGAUAGGAUGAUGGAAAAAUAUAAAGACCAAAUUGGGACCGCAACAAAGAUGUCUUCUGCGGAAAGCCGACCUCCUAUGGUAGAUCAAAGAGGAGAAAGAGUGAUUUUUCCUUUCGUGACAGAGAAGCCUAUAGGAAAAGUAAUUCAUCAAGGUUGGUCACGUGUUACAACUGCGGAGGAAUCGGCCACAUCUCCCCCAACUACCGACAGCAUGAAUAUCCCACCACCAUGGAUUUCAUUCGAGAUGGGUUUGUCAGAGGAAGCACAAAAGUUGGUAAGAAGUACAUGUUCAGAAAAUUGGAAUAGUAGGCUAGAUAAGGCAUGGAAAACCUACGCGGAUUUCUGUAGGAUUACUAAACAGUGUGCUGUACCAUCAUCAGAGGAGUCUCUCCUAUCAUGUUUAAUUUGGCUGGACUUAACUGAUGCAGUCUCAGCUUGUACAGACGUGUUGGCAGCAGUUUCAAGAGAACAUUUAGAGAGAUCUUUACCCGACCCAUCAAAAUUUUAUAAU